CUUAGCAACCGAACUGAACAACAUAAAACAUUCAAUAUAGUUAGUCAUCAAUUUUUCACCAUAAAUUUGAAGUCAUUCAUCGAAUUCACUCCAAUUAGUAUUUUAUACAACGAAACGUUUUAACUCAAAAACAUCAAUAUUCUUUGCACUGAGGAAGGUGUCAGCGGCCCGCGGAAGUUAAUCAACCGCCACUUUUUUAAUGAAGUUUGCGUUUAAUUAUUUGGUGCGGUAUUAGACUAGGUUUUCCGGUCGAUACGUUGGAAAACGAUCCCAUUACACGUAGAUAUAAAAUCGUGCCAUCGCUUGAUACAGAGCAUAUCAUUUUAAAAAGUUAAAUCAUUCCUGCGGUACAGUUUCUACAGAAAUAAAACCAGCAUGCCACUCAGACCUCAAAGUGCCACGUCCAGACAAGAAAGUGAAAUGGCUGCUAGAAGUUUGAGGGAGCUACAAUCAACAGGUGGUUCUAGUGACCCUGUGCAAAGACUUCGUCUCUUAUGUUUGUCUAGAGGAGCUUCUGGCAUCUUAGGCUUGGGGAGACUGUUCCGCAGAAUGGACGAAGAUGGAAACAAAAAUCUGAAUUUAGAAGAAUUCGCUUUAGGUCUCAGAGAAAUUGGGUUAGAAAUAACCGAUGACGAAAUUAAUGAAAUAUUUACCAAAUUUGAUACCGACUCAAGUGGCAGCGUGAACAUGGAUGAAUUUCUGGUUCAUAUUAGGCCUCCGUUGAAUGAGGGAAGGAAGAAAGUAAUCGAAGAAGCAUUUAAUAAGAUGGAUAAAACAGGAGAUGGCGAAAUAACCACUGAAGACUUGAAAAACGUUUAUAAUGUAAAAUCUCAUCCAACUUAUAUUUCUGGUGAACAAAGUGAGGAAAGUAUUCUGAAGAAAUUUCUAGGGAAUUUUGAGCAGGAUGCUACACGAGACGGGAAGGUUACCAAAGAAGAAUUUUUCAACUAUUAUGCUGCCAUUAGCGCAUCAAUCGAUAACGAUGGCUACUUCAAUUUAAUGAUGAGGCAAGCUUAUAAGCUGUAAUCGUUUCACUUUGGCUCUUCUAAAUAACUUAUAAAGGUUAUAUUCUAUUCGAUAUAUUAUUAGUGUGUCUUUUUAAAUCGUAAAUUAUUUAGAGUCAACUUAGUGCCUACUUUUAACGAAUUGGGGUGUAUUUAUUAAUUUUAUAAUAUAUUUGAAUAAAUAAUGCAGUUAAUUCAUAUAAAGAA